UCAAACAGGACUCUCAUAAACAUUCAGUGACAUCAGAGCAAUUGGCGGAGUUGAGAAAAAAAUGAACUUUUCAUGAACUUCAACAGAAAAUGCAGAUAAACAAAGUGUGAGCUUCAAUGCUCUUGUCCAUGAAAACUCUUAGAGAAGAUGGCUGAUGUAAGCCUGAAGGAAGCAGCGCUAAUAGUUGGUGUGGUGGCAGCCUGCUACUGGAACAGUCUAUCUUGUGGCUUUGUUUUUGAUGAUGUUUCAGCCAUUUUGGACAAUAAAGAUUUGCAUCCUUCUACUCCGUUGAGAAAUCUCUUUCAGAAUGACUUCUGGGGCACUCCAAUGUCAGAGGAGAGGAGUCAUAAAUCUUACCGUCCCCUUACAGUUCUUACGUUUCGCUUAAACUACUUGUUCAGCGAGUUAAAUGCAGUUUCUUAUCACUUCCUAAAUCUGGUCUUUCAUGCGGUGGUGUGUGUAGUCUUCCUCAAGGUCUGUAAGCUUUUUCUGGACAACAGGAGCAGCAUGGUUGCAUCCUUGCUAUUUGCAGUGCACCCAAUACAUACUGAAGCGGUAACUGGAGUUGUGGGCAGAGCAGAGCUUUUAUCAUCUAUCUUUUUUCUAGCUGCAUUUUUAUCAUACACAAAAUCUAAAGGGCCAGAUAAUACCAUAGUGUGGACUCCAAUUGCAGUGACUGUGUUUCUGGUAGCUGUUGCAACACUGUGUAAAGAACAAGGAAUAACGGUGGUGGGGAUAUGCUGUGUGUAUGAAGUAUUUAUUUCUCAGGGGUACACCUUGCCCGUGCUGUUGGACACAGCUGUACAGAUUCUUCAAGGGAAGGGUAGCAUUCCUUCCUCCAUGCUCCAGACACUGCUGAAGCUCAUAGUCCUAAUGUUCAGUACACUGCUGCUUGUAGUUGUCAGAGUCCAGGUUAUCCAGUCUCAACUUCCAGUGUUUACAAGGUUUGAUAACCCAGCAGCUGUUAGUCCCUCCCCAGCAAGACAGCUGACUUUCAACUACCUCCUCCCUGUGAAUGCUUGGCUUCUUCUCAACCCCUCAGAAUUAUGCUGUGACUGGACAAUGGGAACUAUUCCUCUCGUGGAGUCUUUGUUAGAUGUUAGAAACAUUGCAACCCUUACCUUCUUUUGCGUUCUGGGGUCUUUGAUUGUCUUCAGCCUCCGAUAUCCUGGGGAUUCCUCCAAGACUGUACUGAUGGCACUCUGCUUAAUAGUGCUACCAUUCAUUCCUGCAUCAAACCUCUUUUUUCCUGUUGUAUUUUUAGUAGCAGAAAGAGUGUUGUAUGUUCCUAGCAUGGGAUUCUGCAUUUUAGUAGCACAUGGAUGGAAGAAGUUAUCGAACAAAAGUAUGCUGAGAAAAGUUUCUUGGGUUUGUUUGGCUGCGGUACUUUUCACUCAUGCCUUAAAAACACUUCACAGAAACUGGGAUUGGGAAUCUGAGUACACGUUGUUUAUGUCAGCUUUAAAGGUAAAUAAGAACAAUGCAAAACUAUGGAACAAUGUGGGGCAUGCAUUAGAAAAUGAAAAGAAUUUUGAAAGAGCUCUGCAGUUCUUUAUACAGGCCACACAAGUGCAACCAGAUGAUAUCGGUGCCCACAUGAAUGUAGGAAGAACUUACAAAAACUUAAACAAAACUAAAGAAGCUGAAGAAUCAUAUGUGAUUGCUAAAUCAUUAAUGCCACAGAUUAUUCCAGGUAAAAAGUAUGCAGCAAGAGUUGCUCCUAACCAUCUGAAUGUUUAUAUCAAUCUCGCAAACUUAAUUCGAGCAAAUGAAUCUCGCCUUGAAGAAGCAGAUCAAUUAUAUCGACAAGCAAUUAGCAUGAGGCCAGAUUUCAAGCAGGCUUACAUCAGCAGGGGAGAAUUACUUCUAAAAAUGAAUAAACCUCUGAAAGCUAAGGAAGCUUAUCUUAAAGCUUUAGAACUAGACAGAACCAACGCAGACCUCUGGUACAACUUGGCAAUUGUUUACAUUGAACUGAAAGAUCCAACAGAAGCCCUGAAGAAUUUCAACCGAGCACUAGAACUUAAUCCGACACAUAAACUGGCAUUAUUCAACUCAGCCCUGCUGAUGCAGGAAUCUGGUGAUGCUCGGCUUAGACCUGAAGCUAAACAAAGACUGUUACAUUAUGUGAAAGAAGAACCACAGGAUGCAAAUGGGUACUUCAAUUUGGGUAUGCUGGCAAUGGAUGACAAAAAAGAUACAGAAGCAGAGGCAUGGAUGAAGAAAGCCAUAAGGUUACAGCCAAACUUUCGAAGUGCUUUGUUCAAUUUGGCACUGCUUUAUUCUCAGACAGCGAAAGAAUUGCUGGCUUUGCCUGUCCUGGAAGACCUACUGAGGUACUACCCUGAUCAUACCAAAGGUCUGAUUUUGAAAGGAGAUAUCCUUAUGAACCAAAAGAAGGAUAUCAUCGGAGCAAAAAUGUGUUUUGAAAAAAUUUUGGAACUGGAUCCAAACAACGUACAAGGAAAACAUAAUCUUUGUGUGGUUUACUUUGAAGAACGAGACUUAAUAAAAGCAGAAAAAUGCUUGGUUGAAACACUAGCACUGGCACCUCAUGAAGAGUAUAUUCAGCGUCAUCUAAACAUAGUUAGAAGUAAAAUUGCAUCACUCAGCACUACACAACAGUCAUCACUUCCAGUAGAUGGGACUGCAGCUGCAACAGAAAAAAAAAAAUCAUUUCAAAAUUUGAAAGAAGCAAAAAAUGAGCAGAAAACCCCCCAAGCAACAGUUGAUAAUGAUAAAGGGCACUCAAAAAAUAAGAAAUUAACAGAGAAAAACACUAUAGACAAAGUGACUCCCAAAAAAUCCACAAAAGAAAUCAAAGACAUUGAGAAAAAGAGAGUUGCUGCUUUGAAAAGACUAGAAGAGAUUGAACGUAUAUUAAAUGGUGAAUAGUCUUUAUGAUGUCACAAUAAAAUAAGGGAAGAAUGAUAUUUUUAAGUAUUGUUAAAUACAUCAUCCAACUGGAAAGUGGUCUCAGUGCUUUGAAAAUAGAAAUAAUGUUGAUUGAAUAUCACUCAGCAGCAGCAAAAGGCAUUACAAUGUUUUAUGUGAGAAAACUGCAACUUUUAAAUAUGAUGUGGGGGAU